ACAGAAACUGACAAUCUGUAAUUUUGAUACCGUACCUCACAUGAUUUCGUGAUUGCAUGUUUUAUAUUGUUUUAUUGACAUUAUCUGCCAUGUUCUUCUUUUGAUCAGUGUUUUCACGUGUUAAAUUGAUUUCAAAGUUAUUGCCCGAUUUUGUAUUGCAGUAUUGUGUAGGUUUAUUUUGUUGCGUGCUUCAACUGUUUUGGUGGACGGGCGCGUACUCGUACGCUUUCAACUCUUUCUUGAGUUAUGCUCGUCUUCCAGGAUCUUUGCAUUUUUUUUGUCCGUAUAGUGUUGUUUUGUUUUAUACCAAAGUGGCUAAAAUAAAAUUGAUUGGUUUCUAUUUUUUGGGGGAUUUGGAUCCAUACCAACUGAAUCUAAUUCAUAAAAUCAAGUGAGAAAGGGAUAAAAUUAUUUUGAAUUAAUGAAAAUAUUGAUAAUACAGUAAUAUUCUAUGAUUUAAUAUUUGAAAAUAGUGAUUUUAUUACCACUUAUACCACCCAGUUGAAAACCCUUUUAACAAAUGCGCUGUCAGGUUUAGAGAACUGUGCCUAGGACUCUAACGAACGCAGGUAAAUGCGUGCUUCUAACACUUAGUACUGUGAAGCAAUUUCGAGUCUCUGCGAUCUCUUCAUCAGGUCACGCUUAUUAUUAUGUGGAUAAAAAAAAAUUCUAUUAGUACAAUUCAAGACCUCUUAUAUUAUCAUUUUUCAUUCUGAACUGAACAGAUAGCUGAAUGUGAGAAAUAUAUUCGCCCCCAUUUUUAAUCAACCAUACUAUUUUUUAAUUUAAUUUAGAAAUUGUUAUUACUUACUAACAGUAACCUUUAAAUGUAACUAGUGAGAAUCAUGUUAUUGACAAUCUCCCAAGAUCACCGAAAUCAUUUGGAAUAUCUGAUUAACAGCGAAGAUGAUAUUGUUGAAAAUUUUGCUUUAAUUUCAGUAGAGUUUUUAAAGAAUGGAAUCAAUAGAAAGACAUUUAGCACUGCUGCACAGAAACUAAACGAAAGUGUGGAUACUAUUGAGAACGCUGUACAAGGUUUGAUGCAGUUAUUCACAGAGGGAACAAAAUUCAACUUGGAUGAAACAGAUUUUCAUGAUUCGUUAUUACUGAUUGGGUUUUCUGAAAAUAUUUGUAAAAUCCUGACAGAAUUAUACUUGAAUCAUUACAAGUAUACUAAAGGUAUUUUAUCUAAAACGAUGCCGUCUCUUCCAGUAUAUAGAAACCUGAGUUGGAGGUUUGAUAUAAAAAUUGCAAGCCGCGCUUUGCAUAACCAGAUUACGCCUAUUAUCUACCUAAAGAUCUCAACUUUCGAUGGUAAAGAACAAAAAGAUUAUAUGCUCCAGACUGACGUGGUUAAUCUUGUCCAUAUGACUAAAACACUGGAAGAAGCUCUCAAUGAAAUGAAGUCAAAUCAUUGUCGUAGGAUCCUAAGAAACAUUAAAUGAUUAAAAAUAUUUGGGGUUCUUGAUGGUUACUGAAAAGUGCGAAAAUGUAAAGUUGGUUUAAAAAAGGUGUCUAAACUUCAGAAAAUAAGGGUUUGUUAGGGACAUUGGGCUGUUUACCUCCCUUGUAAAAUCAUAUUACCCGUUUCAGAAUUAUCAUCGUUUACCAUUUACACCCUUUUCAGUAAUUGUCAACUUGAACUUGAUUAUUUUAUCAUGUUUUGUACUUUGAAGGAUUGAUUAAUCAUAUACGGUGUGCAAUAUUAUACUAUUUUCUAAAACCUACAUUUGAAAGGUUGAAUAUUGAAAUUUUCAUUCAUGAUAGAUUUAUUUAUGAUAAAAAUUGAUUUAUUUGAGAAUCAAAAUCAAAUAGGAACAAUCAAUUUUAAUUGGAAAAAAUUUACCCAGUAGUCACCGUAAUUACAAGACGCCAAGAUAACUUCAUGUAAGCCUUUCAUCACCUUUCAAUUUUUGAGAUCUUGUGAUAAGGCUUAUACAGGUUACAACUGCCAAGUGGGCAUUGUUUACCUGCCAUCACCAUUUGACAAUAAAGUAUGUAUUGUAUAUGUUAAAGGGCUUUGGCAUCAUUAUAUAAGAGCAUGCAAAAUAACAUUCAGAAACUUGUAGAACAGGGGUGUGCAACCUGCGGGCCCGCAGGCCAAAUGUGGCUCGCGUAGGCGUGCCAAUUUUGGAUGAAGUGCGGCUCGCGACGUAAGUUUUUAAUUUAGUUUAAUCUGGUAUGUGCAAGUUAUCCCAAUCCCUUUGCGUUGCAAAGACUCAUGUCAUAAGAUCAAUAACCGACUACUAGAAAGCCUUUAUUAAAUGAGAUGCGGUCCACCCAGUUAUUUGUAUCUGGCCCUCCUUUAUUAAAGGUUGAAUAUCACCGGAUUUUCUAUUCCCACUGUUAAACAAUCAUUUUGUAGUUUCUUUUAACUUGAUAACAUUGACUUCUCAGUCUUAUGUUGAGUGUUGUUUAUCAAGAUGAGUAUGAUCUGUAUCCUGGUUUUUUUCAUUGAAGCUAUUCCUGAUAUCUAGAACUGAACUUAGUUGAGAUUUCUGGGAUGAUUUUUGUUUCAAUAAAUCCUUGUGCCACUCAAUAUUUUUCCAUUUUGUAGAACUUUAAUGAAUAUUAUCGAAAUGAUUGGCAUUACUAAAAUAUACUCUUACACCCCCUUACAUAUAUUACUCUUAUUUUUUCAUGAUGUGGCUUCAAGCAUGAUCAAUGAUUGCUAAUCACUUACAAGUAAGCAUCUUGUCACCAGGGUGUCUGUAUAAGACUGAAAUUGUAGUGCUUGAUCCCUAAUUGAGAAGAAUAAUUCCGUGAAAAACACAAUUUACAGUGCCUUACUAAUUUCCAUUACAAUGUAAUAUUAAACUUUUGUAUCAACAUUUGUGAAUAUAUAUGAAAUGCUUACAGUAUUUAUGUACCAGUUAUUGGAUAACGUACACGGUGUCCAUAAAGUCCCUUUCAAUUUCAAUAUUGUUAUGAAGUCAGUUCUCAAUAUAUCUUAACCAGGUUUGUUGUAUUUAAAUCGGUAAUUGUGUAACUAUUUUUACUUCAUUUAAUGCAUAUGUGAGGGACAAGACAAUACAUGGUAUCGAUAAAUUCCCUUUGCAAUUUAAAAAAAAUUUAAGAUUUAUGGACACCCUACAUAUUCCAAUUAAUGGAUCGAUUUUGUAACAAAAUUAGGAUUUUAUUUUCAAAAAGGAAAAAAAUGUUUGACUUUCAGAAAUGGCGAUUAUCACUUCAAUCAUUUGUAUUUUCAAACAAUAUAGCCUAUCUAUUGAAUAUCACAAGUACCAUUCUCCAUUUUUCUGAUUUUAACUAUUUAUAAUAUUAUUUGUCACUUGAUUCAUUCUUUAUAAAAUUGAUUUCCAUUUGUUCAUCUCUAGAA